UGUUGGUAUAAAAGCAUACGUGGUUGCUUAGGGUUUCAGUUCAGUUUUAAAACUAAUUAAGUAAGUUUAGCAGUGUGAGUGUGAAAAAUAAAGGGAUUAACAAUAAAAAAUGCAACAAGUUAUUGUAUUUGCCGUUUUGGUAGCUGCCACCCACGCUGGAGGAAUAGGUUUAGGUCUAGCGCCAAUUGGUUUAACAAAACAAAUUGCAGUGGAUUUAUCGGCUCCGGCAAAUUAUGAGUUCAAAUACGGCGUAGGAGACCCCAAAACUGGCGAUCAAAAAGAACAAUCCGAAGUGAGAAAAGGUGACACUGUGGUUGGAGAAUACUCCUUGGCUGAACCAGAUGGCACAAUCAGAGUGGUAAAGUACACAGCCGACCCAAUCAACGGAUUUAACGCUGUGGUAUCGAGAAUAGGAAAAGCUGUCCACCCUGUUAUUGUCAAACAAAUAGCUACCGUCCCAAUUGCCACCAAAACAUUAGGACUUGGUCUGGGUGGAAUUGGAGGAAUCGGCCUUGAUGGAGGCCUGGGACUAGGAAAACUCUUGUAGACGAUUUAAACUUUAUAUUAUACCGACUGACC